GUCGAGCCCAUAAGCAUCUGCACAGCGGGGCAGGAGGAGCAGGGAGGCCAUUUUAUUAUAACCGCAAAAGGUGCAGGUGCGCCCAUACUUUUUAAUUAGAACGACCGUUUUAAUUUUAAUGCUGUCGAUACCAUGGGGCAGUGUGGAAUUACGUCAUCCAAAACCGUCUUGGUUUUUCUCAAUCUCAUCUUCUGGGCAGCAGCUGGAAUUUUGUGCUACAUUGGGGCCUAUGUGUUCAUCACAUAUGACGACUACGAGCACUUCUUUGAAGAUGUGUACACUCUGAUUCUAAUAGCUGUUGGGACUCUUCUCUUCAUCAUUGGCUUGAUUGGCUGCUGUGCAACAAUUCGUGAAAGCUCCUGUGGACUGGCAACUUUUGCCGCCAUCCUCCUGCUGGUGUUUGCAACAGAGUGUGUGGUGGUGGUGCUGGGCUACAUAUACAGGGCAAAGGUAGAAGAUCAGGUGAAUCACUCCAUCCAGAAGGUUUACAACAAGUACAACGGCACCAACACUGACGCUCCGAGCCGCGCUAUCGACUACGUGCAGAGGCAGCUUCAUUGCUGUGGCAUUCACAACUACUCUGACUGGAGGAACACUCGCUGGUUUAAAGAAUCCAAGAACAACAGUGUCCCCGUCAGCUGCUGUCAGCCCAGCAUCAGCAACUGUACGGGCACACUCACUCAGCCAGCAGAUCUCUACCAAGAGGGUUGUGAAGCUCUUGUUGUGAAGAAAUUAAAAGAGAUCAUGAUGUAUGUCAUAUGGGCUGCUUUAACGUUCGCAUCAAUACAGAUGCUGGGCAUGCUCUGCGCCUGCGUGGUGCUUUGUAGGAGGAGUCAUGACCCAGCGUAUGAACUGCUGGUCACCACCAACAGCUAUGCAUGAGUGAUGCAGACAGUCAGCGAAGCACUCCGACACCAUCAAAAGGAGCCUCGCCAGACAUGUCCACAGUAGAUUUCAGCUGUAGUUGUAUAAGCUCAAGCACACCUUGCACAGUUCAUGAUACAGUAGCCAGCACUGAUGAUGUGGUUUGGGUGGGCGGGGUCUUCAAAGGGAAACCAGGUAUUUAUUGACAUGCUUUCUAAGUUACUGUUACUUCACAUGUUUUUUUCCCUUACAAAUACUGACAUGCUGUAAAAAGCCAAAGUUAUAUGUGGCUAAUUAGCACU